ACGCUAUACCAAUCAAUUUCACACCGGGCAUUUAAUUUACCUGUAAAAUUUUCAUUUAAUGAUCUUUAAUUAUAGGGAAUGGUUUAAAAACCAACAGGAUGCAUUAAAGGUGGUAAAAAGGCAAUAACAUUGGAUAAAAUAAUAAACAUGCAAACAAUGGAGCGUGCUCCCGUAUCUCUAUCAAUUUUGCGGAAGGAUGGAGAUGUGAAAAGGGGGGAUAAAAUUUCCACUUUUACCAGCUAUUUGCCAAAUUGGAGGGGUCAUGGAGGGAGACACCCGACCCAUAGUAGUGUAGAGUUUGACAGACAACUGGAUAAAAUAUCUCUUUGGAUUGAAGAAUGGAACCACGAACAGAGAUGCCAGUUGAUAGAGGCCCUUUUAAGGAGAAGUAAUCACCAACAAUUUCAGUUUCUAUAUACUGUAAUGCAGCCACAUCAACAUAGAGAUUUUAUGUAUACAGCUCAGAAACAGUUCCCAGAGACAGAGUUCACACCUGUCAGCACGCAUACAACAAGAGAGGUCAAGAGACGAGUACAGCUCCACAGAGAGGAUAAUUAUUACAGAGUUAAGAGUGCUUAUUUCCAUAUGGAUGAUGAAGUUAAGGAACAAAACAAAGUGGUCCGUCGUGUCAGAUUACCAGAAAUUCUACAAGACAACCACAUCAUUAUUCACAAAAAUGACACCAGUAUCAGUUUUGGAACCAAAUCUAUAGCCAGUCUACCAAAGCUGUGUUCAGUUCCAAAGAAAAGAUCAACCAAGAGUAUAAGAAAGUAUAAACUGUUACAGGCCAGUAAAGAAGAACUGUACAAUGGGCCAGCUAAUGACAGAUUUGUUGACAUGCCAAUAAAACGCCACAUUCAGGAUGAAAGGUUAACACAAAGUGUUCCAGUCUUUAGUACGAGUAGUAGAGCUGAUAAGAGUGCAAUGUCUUCAACUAAAACACCUACCACUGCCAAAUUUAAGGAGUCCAAGCCAGACUCUGAUCAGAUAUUUGACCUCAGUACAAAUGCCAGUACAGUAGUACAUUGGUAUACAGACCUUUGGACAGAUGUAAAACGAAAUGAAUUUCUACAUAAGCUGAUAUUAAAAUUAGAUCCCAGACAACAUUACUUUAUAUCAAGUUUUAUGUUGGUCAGAAGACAUAGAGAUUUUUUAACCUUACUUCCAGAAAAAAUAGUUUUAUGUAUACUGAACAUUCUAGACCCAAAGGAACUGUGUAAAUGUGCCGAGGUUAGUAAGUCAUGGUACAGUUUAGCCCAUAAUAACCAGCUAUGGAAAUGGAAAUGUGAUGCUGUUAACAUUAAAGUGACUAUCCCAACAGACCCUGUAUGGAAGAAAGUCUAUAGAGAUAACGUCAUUCUGGAGAGGAACUGGCAUCAUGGCACUUACAGGACGGUAGACAUGAAGGGCAACACAGCUCCAUGGGAUGAAGCAGUUGGGGUUGAAGCAGUCAUCUUUGACAGAAAUAUACUUGUCAGUGGAAGUCAGGACAAAACAGUCAAAAUUUGGGACAUCAAGACUGGAAGAUGUGCACAUACAUUUGAGGGACACCAAGGGGGAGUUUGGUGUCUUAGUUUCUUCACCCCAAACCUAAUACUGAGUGGUUCUCAUGAUGGAACUAUCAAGAUUUGGAAUGUGAAAGAGAGAAAAAUGGCGAGAUCUAUUCAAGCUCAUGAUGGACCAAUAUGGGCUAUGGUCAGACAUGGGAAAAUAUUAGUUAGUGUAUCACAAGACAAAACUGCCAAGGUGUGGGAUAUUUCACGCUGUUUACUGCUGAAGACACUGUCAGGACAUAAUAAACCAAUAUUUGCUGUAGAUAUGAAUGAAGAUGGAACCUUAGUGAUAACAGGAUCUGCUGACAGGACUGUAAAGAUAUGGGAUGUGGAGACUGGUGAAGUGAAGAAAACAAUAUGGGUGAGCAGUACAACCUCUGUCAUGACUGUCAGUUACCAUAAAGGGUUCAUCGCUGCUGGGUACGACAAUGUUGUCUGUCUGCACAGAGAAACAGGAAAACUUAUCAAAACAUUCAAUGAACAUGAGAAAAGAGUAGAAUCUGUGCAGCUGAAAAUUGAGGAUCCAGAAAAGAUAACAGGAUCAAUAAUAAGUUCUGGACAAGGUGGACUGGUCAAAAUAUGGAAUACUAAAAAGCCACAGAGUAUACAGACAUACAAACUAAGUAAAGAAGGAGGAACUGUUAAAUCAAUCAAAUUUGAUGAACUCCGGAUUGUAGGAGGACUGAAAGACAGAAUUAGAAUCUUAGAUUUCCAAGCACCUAAUUCUGAUUGAUUCCAUUAUUCAAACCAAAUUACUGCUGAAAAGUUCCUGAUGUCUGGAGAAUUGCUUUAAUUCAUAUAAAUUGCUUUAAAGAAACAGGAAUCUUUUCUGAGCAAAAUAGUUUUUAUCCAAUUUCAUCCUAAAUGGCAACAGCCCUUUGAAAUGGUAGUCAAAUUCAUUUUCUUAACUUUGAUAGAUUAGCACUUUGAUCUAGAGAUCAGCUGCUACUGUGAAAUCAAAAUAAGCUCUUACCGUGCUAUAGAUUUAGCUUCAACUGUAAUAGAGAUUAGCUGUGACUGUGAUAAAUAAAUUAGCUGUGACUGUGAUUUAGAGAUUAGCUGUGAUAUUUAUUUUCCUUUGUGCCAAAACAGUAGUUACUAUGUGAAUUUUUAUUUGAAACACAUGAAUAAUAUAAUGACUGAGAUUUUAGAUAUUGAAUUUAAUAUUAUCUUGCCAAAGUCUUUCAGUACAAGAUUGUAAAAUGUUAAAUACUUUGAACCAGUAUUAUUAAUAAAAAUACUAUAAACAAUUA